AACCUCACUCCUUCCAUUCAUUUGCCUCUCUCCUCGUGAAAUACAUAGAAUCCAACCUUCGAGAUCUUAUCCAUAGCUUCAAUCCACUUUCCCACGCAUCACCAAACCUCACCCCACCCCACCAUGCGCCCCCUCCACCUAGCCCGUUACGCCCGCCUACCUGCCUCGCACACGCGUGCAGUCCACAUUCCACCAUCCGUCAGAUCGAUCCUCAAGCCCAUCAUCAAGCCCAUCAUCAAGGCCGUACGUCCAGAGGAAAAGGAGGAAACCCGCGAUACGACCGGCGAGACGCACGAAUACACGCUGUCGAGCGACGAUCAGCGCACGGCAAAGGAUAAGGAGAGCUUCGAUCCGAAGAUUACGCGGCCGGAGCUGGAGAGGGAUGAGGCGGCGAGAGAGCACGCGGCCGAUCACAGUAAUAGUCCCCUUGACUAUUCGCCUGCGAAUCUAGAAGUGUCGAAGCAAUGCCCUCAGACGGAAGACAGAGCAGAAGGUGCGCCGAAGGAUAGGAGGCCCAGUUCUCAAGGGCAUCCCAAGAAGGGCAAGGUGGUGCCGAAGGCCCCUGAGGUAAAAACUAGAUGGCUGGGAUAAUUGGAAGAGCUUGAAAUAGUGGAAAUGGAAGAGGGGUUGGCUAUCUUACUUAUCACUAUAUAUUAUUCAGGUAUUGGGAAUGUAAAUCAGACUGACUUGAGUAUGGACGGAG